GCUUAUUUAAUUUUUUUAUCGGGGUAAGAACAUGCAUUUCUUUUUAUAUUUCUCUCUCUCCCUCUGUAGUCCUCUCCACUCUCUGACACACUACUCACUAUAUGGCGUAAACUUGAUGUCUGAUAGUGCAAGCAAAGCAACCCUCUCAUCAACUUUAUUUAUUUAUUUUUUCUUUCUAAUUUUAAUUUUCUCGUAAAACUCACUUCCGAUUUCCUUUUUGUCUGUAAAAAAAUCUGCUUUUUUUUUUUCUCUCUCUCUCUCUCUCACUACUACUAUAAGGCAUAAGAUCUUGUUUAGUGCUUCACUAGCAAAACCCACCUCCUAAACUCUUUCUCUUCUCUUCUCUUCCUUCUCUCUCUCUCUAUUCUUGACUGUCCUUUUGCUGUAGAGUUAGCCUGUUCAUCAAUAUUUCUCUACCUAAAGCUUUUUUUUUUCUUCUUCUUCUUCUUCUCUUGAUCAAACUCUUGCACUUAGCAGCAGCGAAACUAUCGCUGUAUAUAAUCUCAACAAGGGUUUAAAAGAAAAACUUUGACGCUGGUUUUGUCUGUUCAAGCGUUCUUCGUGUCAUCAGAUGGCUUGUUUGUGUUCUCUCUCUUCAUUUCUAUUUCUAGUGACAAAUAAAGAGAUAAGAGAGAGAUAGAAGGGUUUACUUAUUGAUCUUUUUCCACAUAGUCCUCAAAUCCUUUUUUUUUUUUUUUUUUAUUGAUGAAAAGUCUUUGUUUUGAGUGUCUUGACUCAUGACCACCAUUUCUUUUCAUCAGAGAAGAUAGACAGACAUAUAUAUAUAUAAAGAUGCAAACAGCCGAAAGAAAGUGCUUUAUUUGCAAAUAUAAGUUGGCCACUUCUCUGCUGCGGCCGCCAGUUUUUGGGGUGCAGUAUAAUUAGUAUAUGCAUCUUCAAUUUCUUUUUCCUUCUAAGUUGACUUCUCAGGAAAAUGAAAUGGAUAUUCAAAGUAUAGCCAUGAAGAACCUUUUGCACUUGUUCUUUGAUCAAAAAGCUUGGCCCAACCAGACCCAGCAUAAUAUAUAGUUUAUACUCUAUCUCUCUUUCUCUCUUUCUCUUUCUCUUUCUCUGUGUGUGUGUGUUAGUGUGUUUAUUUGUCUAAGCUCACUCAGUUCGUUCCUUGUGACUUCUUUUCUUGCCCUUGGCUUGGCUUGGUCUGCAAUAGAAAAAGGUGUGUCAAAGACAUGAUGCAGCACUAAGGGAGAACAAUAAUUCACUGUUUCUAUUUCUCCUAUUGUGUUUGCUUCAAAAAGAGUGGACAAUUUUCAAGAAGAGUUCAAUCUCUCCUAGGCUAGGAUAUAUUUUAAGAAUAUUAUUUUUCACCACUUAUAUUUAGUUUCGAAUUAUUUUUCUAUAGGCUCUGCUAGCUUCCAAUUCAAUACAUACACUCUCUUCCUUGUCUUGUUCCUUUCUUCUCUCUCUCUCUCUUUUUUCCUUUUUUUUUGUUUUGUUUUUGGUCUCCCCAACAAGAAAACUACAAAACACGGCCUGAGACCGAGACUGAGAGAGGAAGAGGGGGAGAGAGAUCACCAAAAACAGGCAAUAUUAUCAUGGAACUUUCAAGUCAUCAGGGAGACAUCCCAAUCCCCUUAAACAGUAGUCCAUAUGGGGAUGGUGGGCAUGGCCAUCUGAUCCAUCAUGACCCUUCACCCCACAACCACAUAAUUCCUUCCUCAGCAGUACCCCAAAUCCCUUCCAAUAAUGGCUCCUCCAUCCCCACAAGCCUGGAGGACCAUGUGCCCUACAAUAAUAAUAAGAAAGGUGUCAAGUACAGAGAGUGCCUCAAGAACCAUGCAGCUGCUAUGGGAGCUAAUGCCACUGAUGGCUGUGGUGAGUUCAUGCCAAGUGGAGAAGAAGGAACCAUUGAAGCUCUCAAGUGCUCAGCCUGCAAUUGCCACAGAAAUUUCCACAGGAAAGAAGUAGAAGGUGAGCCUACCCCUUAUGAUCAGUUCCACCAUAACACUAAUUCCCCACAUCUCAGUAGAAUGGCUGCUGGGAGGAAAUUCAUCUUAGGCCCUCACAAGGGUAUGUUGGGCCCUGAUUCAUUAGGUUACCCUACAGCCACAGGUACUUUCAUACCUUCAAGAACAGGCCCAAUGCCCCAUCAUAUGAUCAUGUCCUACAACAUGGCCGGGUCCCUCCCUUCAGAGUCUGAUGAGCAAGAAGAUGUCGGUGGUAAUGGUGGUGGUGGUGGUGGAGGUGGUGGGUCUGUGGCCUACAGGCCUCCACAGUUGGCCAAAAAAAGAUUCAGGACAAAGUUCACUCAAGAACAGAAGGACAAAAUGCUUAACUUUGCUGAGAAAGUUGGAUGGAAAAUUCAGAAGCAAGAAGAGUCUGUAGUCCAACAGUUCUGCCAAGAGAUUGGAGUCAAGAGGAGAGUUCUUAAGGUUUGGAUGCACAACAAUAAACACAAUCUAGCCAAGAAAAAUCCUCCAUCUGCCUAGCUAAUUAAAAAGGAACAAAGAUGAAAAUGAACUCUUUUUUUUCUCUCUCUCUCUCUCUCUCUUUUUGUUUUUUAGUUUCUUCUUUCAACUCUUAAGUAGUGUUUUUUCACACUGUACUAUUUGUCAUUUUCUCUCAUUCUCUUUUGUCUUUAUUUUUUUCUGGGUUUUUGUUGGUACUUAAAAAAUAACAUUCGUUUCUGCUACUUAGUAUUAGGAACAAACUAGGUUCGGUCUAGUGUUGGAUAUGAUAUAUUGAUAUAAUUCUUGUCUAAUCCAUUUAUUCGGUGCAAAUAUGGAUUCAGAUUUGAGGUGUUCGUGAUAUGAAUCUGCUGAGGUACUCCAGGAGAUGUAAUACUAAAGUUAGUCUAAAGUAGUAAGAACAUCCUAAUUAGUUUAUUGUUA